CAGCAGCAGCAGUAGCAGCGACGCUCGGACACAGCCGUGUGGACUCGCGCGCGCGCCAAGCAAAAACUUUGAAAGAACCGACAUCGCUAGUAGUUGUAGUAGUAGUAGUAACGUAGUAGUUGUAGUAACAUUUGCGCCAGUAAAUAACAGUGCCGAAAUAACAGCGACAUCCCCCGUACUGCGCCAUGAAAGUGCGAGAAAAAAAAGCCCACCUCCUUCCGACGGAUGAAAUUAUUGCUUUCUUCACGUAAAUCUCGUCGCUGUUGCCAUUCUCGUUGGUAUGGGCUAAGCGGUCCAAGCCAGCCUCGUGGAUCUAUGCACGUUUGUGUUUGUUUUCGUCUCCCGCAACCCGUAGCCCCGUAGUAAUGUGCGAAACGACGAGAGAUACAUCGACGCCAGUGUGACAUUUCUCGUGCAUGAAUUGUGAAUUGCAUCGGCAAUUCCAAGUAGUACGGCUGCGGAUUCGCUCGGACGCGAUUCUUCGUACCUGACGCGGCCAACUUAGCAGAUGCAACUAGCUGAAGAAAUCCCAUCGACCAGCGUCCGCCACGCGACAUCUGCAUAGCGCGUAGCUACGAUCGAUGAAAAUUCAACAGCCAUCACGAGUUAAGCGGAAUAAAAGGAAAGACAUCAGAGACGCAAUUUGGAUUACGGUCCUCUUGGAGCCCGAGGACUGUGAGGACAUUCUCGACUCAAUGGCAAUGCGCUGAUGGCGUUGCUCUACAGAUUCGCCCAACUGCCCGAUCGCAGUGGCACCAGGGUAUUCUCGUUCGUCGUCACCAGGAGCGUAGUGCGCGACCCCGAGCGCGACGUCACCAGCAAGGAGCUGGUAUGCGGAUUUCAGCGCUGGGCCGUGGCCUUUUCCCGAGGUGACAAGGUACUCGGGGUUUACCUGGUGUGGCGCGGGGCCGCGCCCGGCCUCAGGGUCUACGUCGACUUCACCUUUACCCUGCUGAAUCGCGAGCACUUCUCCAGCAAUGAGGGCUUCAGCGGCAAGCGGGUCAAGUUCACGUACGAGGCGCCCGCCCAGGGCAAUCGCAGCUACAUCUCCGUCGCGGAUCUUUACAGCAGAAACUUUGCCGAUCCGAACGGCGAGUUUCAGCUCGAAUUGUCCAUGGCCAAUGUCAGGACUGUAUUCACCAGCGAAGUCCGUCUGCCGUCGGGAGUCUUCGCCACGGGUCAAUCGAAGCCGAACAAGCUCGAGACGAACUACUUCACGUUCGGCGGCUUCGACUGGAACCUCGUGGUCUACCCGAGCGGCAACAAGGAGGCCUCGAGCGACUCGUCGAGGCUGGCCCUCGGCAGCUCGGCCGAGGGGGGCAGCAGCAGCAGCAGCAGCGACCGCAGCGGCUCGAGCAAUCGGCUCAGCGUCCACCUGGUGCGGCUGACGGGCUUCGACCACCAGUGCCGGGUGCGCUACAUCGUCAGCCUCGGCGACGGGGACCGCUGCAUCGAGUCCGGCCCGAUCGAGGACCUCAGCGACGUGCAGGGCCGCGGCUACGGCUGGCAGCCUCGAUGCCGCUGGUCCGACGUCGCCCACAAGGGCGUGCUCAGGCUCACCCUGGAGAUGCUCGAGGCCAGGACGAUAUCCGAGGUGCUGGUGCAGGCCCUCGGCUCGGCUUCGCUGCCCGCGGCGCCCUGCUACGACAAGGACAAGCAGGCCUGGGCCAUCAGGGCGGAUCUGCACUCGGAUACCGUCAGGCUGCACCUCGUCUACAAGGACAUACACAACGUGCCGAGGAAUCAUUUGAGGUUCGUUAGCUGGACGGCCUACCUGAUCCACGGCGAGGAGCCCAACGUCGAGAUCGUGAGCUUGCCCGGGGCUCCGUUCAGCCGCUACUACGCCCAGGAGCCCGUCGACGAGGGCAUCAUCAUGGAGACGUCGCUGGGCGUGAACGAGGUCAAGGACGAGAGCUGCCCCUUCGUGACGGACAAGGGCCAGAUUCGGGUGCGCAUCGAGUGGAACGAGUCGCACCUGCUGUUCCAGGCGACCUACCACAAGUACGACGACGUCUGUCGCGUGCACAAUCAGCAGAUGCGCCGGGAAAUAGCCGUGCUGCAGGCGGAGAACUACAGCCUCGAGAGGCAGCUCUUCAGUUACCAGAAGAGUCUGGCUUACGCUCAGGCUCAGCAGCAGCAGCAGCAGCAGCAGCAGCAGUCGCAGCAAUCGUCCCAAAGCUCGCAUCAUCAUCACUCGCCGUCGAAUCAGCAGUCGUCGCAUCUGGAACGCUCGGCGUCGACCGACACCGAGUACGCCUGACGAGUGAGUCGCUAUCCGUCGCAAGA